AAGGGGAAGUGUGAUCAGACCCGCGCUCGCUGCCUCUGGGUUAGGCAAAGACCUAUAGGCAAGAACCGCUUCUCCAGCUGCACCUGAGCACUGCUGUCUCCUCCGUCGCUCACAUCUGGACACGGUGGCAAUUCUGAAACCUGAUGAGAGUGAUGUCGAAGUUCUUUGACGCUGAAACGUGAGCAGUGGCUUUUCAUGAAAGCCACACAGCAGCCAACUGACUGGCUUUUCAGUUUUAUCAAAAUGAAUGCAGGAUCCCGCUGCAAUGAACUGGUGGAGGAAAUACUUCUGGAUCAUCUUAGCUGUGGCCAUCAUUACUGUCUCCUUGGUCCUGAGCUUCAUCCUGUACUGUCUCUAUAGGUGGAAAUUUAAACAAGGCAAGAAAUUGAAAAUUGCCAAGUCCUUGAAAAAACAAAACCAAGGAGAAGAAAAGAUGUAUGAGAAUGUUCUUAAUCAGUCAUCAGAUCCAUUACCCGCUCUGCCACCAAGGGGCUCAUUUUUUCAAGGUGAUUCCUCCCCCCAGGGAACGUCAGCUACGUACUCUUUGGUGAAUAAAGCUACACAUAAGAAAACUGUUUCUACCUUGAACAACAUGGAGCCUGAAAAUGACUAUGAUGAUGUUGAAAUCCUUGGAAAAACUCAAAACCAUAAUUCAAAAACAAACAUUUCUUCUUUUUGGCAUGGAGAGAGUUCACACAAUGUAUUUUAGAAGCAUCAAGAAUGGUUGGGGCCGGGGGUACAGCUCAGCAGCACAGCACCUGUCUGACAAGUGUGAGGUCGUCAGUUCAAUUCCCGGUAUUAAAGAGAAAAGAAAGUUGAUCUUCAGUACAGAAAGCUGUAGUGAUUUUCUGAAGCACUGCAAGGUAAAUACAUCCUAAAUCCUGAUGAAGACGCCUCAGUGACCAGAGGAAAGACACCAGUGCUCAGCCCCAAAGACUAAAGGCUCUAUCCUCGAGCUUCUUCAGUGAAAAUUGCCGUAGGGUGGACCACACUCUGCUCCACACCCACGCCUGUGAGAAAUGGCUCAUUUCUCAGCACUUCCCUUGUGUUCACUUGGUUAGUGAGCCCCGAGGGACAGUAUUUGAUUGUACAGCGCCUCCCAGCUCCUAUCCCCAGCUAAACUGUCGUGAUUCUGAGUCCCUUCUAUCCCCUCCAUCCUGUAUGGAAAGGCUGAGUGGAGUUACAGCUGAGCAUUCCUGUGCACAAGUCGCCACUUGUCACUUGAUGAGUUUGUCAGGGUCACAAGUGCUUUUUGUUCUUAUUGGCCUUCCCCAUCUGCACACACCCCAAUCUCCAGUGCUUUAUAGUACACAGAGGAUCAAGUUCUUACCUAGAUUUUUCCCUGUGUUUGCAGAUGACAAUAACAAAGGACAAACUACCCUCGGGCUUAUCCCUAGAGGUGUCAUUUGCAGUAGGUGAACCAGAGGGCCACAGGAAAGUAGGGUGCCCCCAGGAGAAAUUAGAGUUCAUCGUCAUUUAGCAAUUGCAUGUUCAAGAUGGAUGUUCAUUUAGCAAUUGCAUGUUCAAGGAACUCAACAGCCCCUGCGUAGUUUUCGUCUGUGCCGCCCCUCUGGGAGCUGAUCUUCUUUGGAGUGCUUUCCUUGUCCUGUGUUCACUGCGCUCUAAGUACUCCUGGGGGAAUCACACCCAGGCCCGGGGGCUCCGUGGUCCCUUCUAUUUUUAUGGCUUCCAAAUUGGAGACUCCAGUUGAACCCUCUCUCUAGUUCCAGACUGGUUUGUUUCCAGGACACCUCCAUCUGACCACCCCACGGGACCCUCAAAUUCAGCAGAUGACAUAAGAAACUGAUUAUCUACCCCAGCCCCACCUUUUAUUUCCAGUGUUCCCCAGCACCUGUUGAUUGCGCCUCCCAAGAAGCUCCCCGUCAGCUCACCCUUCUGAGGUCGCCCUUUGCAUUACAAUCGCUUACCUACUUUUCAGCCUCCUUUGGAAUCUGGGCUCCUUUGGGAGCCCACGCUCUUGGGGGCUUGGAAAUUGUCUAGCUUUUUGCUAUGUUCCCAAUAUCCAGCAUAAACUCUAGCACAUAGUAGGCAGUCAAUAAAUAUUUCUUGGAUAUUAAACAUCAAUUGAAAAAUCUA